GAGAGAGGCAACACAAAAACUCUCAGAUUCUCUGAUAAUACUCUCUCUGUGAGAUUUCUAUGCGCCUCUUUCGCAGUUUCCUCCAAAAUUCUUCAAUUUCCAAAAAUAUCCCCAAUCACCACUCCCGACGUCCCCUCUCUCUUAGAGUCCCCAUCUCAUUUGCAGGAUCCCUUCUCCUUAGACUCCGUUUCUCCUCCAUCUGCUCAUCCAUCCGUUGAUUUCAUCGGAUCUCAGAUCCCGACCCUUCCUCUAAUUCUCUCACUUUCUUGUUUUUCACUUACCCGAUUUGCAGAAAGAAAAAAAAGAAGGAUUUUUUAAAAAAUAUUUCAAUUCCUUUUUCCCGCACAUAUAUUUUUCUCCGUGCAAUCUGCAAUUUCUCUCAGAAAAUUCUCUUUUUUUAGACAAUAGGAAAUGGCUGGAACUCUGGGAACCGGCUUGCCGUGUUACUUCUCCGGCGACAUUGACAUCCGUUCCUCCCUGUCGGAGAUCCUGACGACGGGAGGAACCAACGCCUUGGAUUCGAUCUUCUCCCAUUUCCCGCCAACGAAUCCAGUCGCGGGUCACGUACUGGAGCCGUCAGGCUCUUCCGUCUAUCUCUGGCAGAGAGAUCUACUGCAGAAGUUCAGCGACGAAAACAGACCUAAUGGCUCUGUCAGCUGCACGCCGUUAACCGUAACAGGGACAUCUACGGCGUAUAAUAAUACAGGUAUAAAUACAAGUAAGAGCAAGAAGCUGUACAGAGGAGUAAGGCAGAGGCAUUGGGGGAAAUGGGUGGCUGAGAUUCGGCUACCGCAGAAUCGGAUGAGAGUGUGGCUGGGUACUUACAAUACGGCGGAGGCGGCCGCAUACGCUUAUGAUCGUGCGGCGUACAGGCUUCGGGGAGAAUACGCCCGCCUGAAUUUCCCACAUCUAGGUGACAAGAUCGACCCGAGCUUCGGCGACAGUGCCAAGCUUAAUGCAUUGAGAUCAUCCGUCGAUGCGAAGAUACAGUCAAUUUGCCAGAAACUAAGGAAGGAGAAAGCGAAAGCGAAGGCAGCCAAUGCUAGCAGAAGCAGCCAAAGCAGCUGCGCUAUUUCUUCACCGUCUGAUGAUGGAUGUCCGCGCAAUGAAAUGCCGCAGUCGUCACAUGAUGGGUGGUGUUGGGGUGGAGAAUCAUCGCCUUCUAUGUCCAAUGAAGGACAAGCAACUGCAGAUCAGUUGGAGUCGCCGGAGGGAUGUUGCAGGAGCAGUGAAUCCUCACUGUCAGUUUCAAUUGAGGGUCAGGCGAUCAUGGCCCACCCCGUAUUCGAUGAAUGUUCUCUGGAGCGGAUGCCGUCUUUCGACCCUGAACUGAUCUGGGAAGUUCUGGCUAAUUAGCACUCAGUUACUCAGACUGAGUCGUUCUGUCAUGAGUACUGACUCAUGGCCAAUCAGACUCGACCAAGUCCGAGUUGACUCGGACGAAUUGCACCCGAGUCCCCUAAUUUGUAGAAGCGGGUGUGGUAGAGGGUAUAUAAUGUUUAGGUGUUGAGUAGAUUCCAAUUGAUUUCGAUUGGAUUUUGAUCUGUUUGGCUAAACACAACCACUUGAUGUGGUUGAUUUUGGUUAGUUUCUUGUCUUGUGUUAGUAUUGUCUUAGUUGAGGGUCUAAAUUGCAUCUUUGAUUAGUUUUGAUGCUGUUUGGAAAGAUGUAUAUUGUAUUAUUGUAGUUGUUGUUUACAUGAAAAAUAAGAUACAUAUGGUUGUUAUGCAGCUUAUGCUUUGUGAGAA